UGCUCCAUAACCCGGAAGAAACAGCAUCCGAAAAGAGCGCCUGAAUUUCAAUUUUGAACAGAUAACAAGACGUUGACAGUUGUCCUGAUCUGGAGUCAGUGUCAGCCCCAGCAGGAGCAUGAGUUUCUCCCCCUAAUGAUUUAAUCUGUCUACAGUUGUCCUGAUCUGGAGUCAGUGUCAGCCCCAGCAGGAGCAUGAGUUUCUCCCCCAGCCCUGUGGGCCCGACCGGCAGCCGGAGCGUCCAGGAGCAGAGAGGGAAAUGGGAGAGGAAGAGAACCCGGACAGCGAGAGCCAUGGUCCAAACUGAACAGAAAUACUGUCAACAGCUGGAACUAGUCAACACGUACUUUGUGGAGAUUCUGAAGGCCAAAGGCACCCUGAGGCAGGACAUUAGAGAAAGCAUCUUUAGUUCCAUUACAGCCAUCCAUUCAGUAAACCAGACAUUGUUGGUCCGUCUGGAGAAAGGGGACUUUGGGCGUGGCUUUGAUGACUUCUGUCCUCACCUUCACCACUACGUCACCUAUGUAGACAACAUCCAGAACGCCAGCAAGGUCCUGGCGCUGACCAAUUACGUGGACUGA